AUGGCUGGGUAUCUAGAGUAUGCGAAGAGUACACUCAAGCUCCGAAAUCCUUUCACAUGGGCCCCUGUCAAACCCAGGGACUUGCCUCAGAGAGUCGACGACCCAGAAACCCACCGGAAUCCGUUCUUGGACCUGCCAAAUGAGCUGAUCCUCGCGAUCACCGACUUCCUCGAAACAAAAUUCCGACUCUCACUUCGCAUCUCCUGCCGGCGAUUCCGUGUCCUCAACGACCGCCUCGAUAUGUCGCAGUGCGACAACGAUACGAAGUCAUGA